CGUUCCAAGAGGAUCAUCAAUCACUAACCCCGGCAGAAGUUUUUUAACGGUAUGAUCUACUCUACGUAGACUUUGAGGAACUCGAAAAAAAAAAAGGUACAUGAUGUCGUUUUCCGGUGCAAAAACCUUCUUCAACCGGUUCUGCGUGGCUGAAUUCCAUAUGGAGAGUGCUGGCCGUAGCAGCUUCAUCUCCAGUGAUCAUCUCUUACCAUCCCUUGGUGCCAGAAUUAACCAGGCAACUAAGCUUCGAAGAUACAUAGUGUCGCCUUUCAGUCCUCGUUAUAGGGCUUGGGAGAUGUUACUGGUUGUUUUAGUCAUUUAUUUUGCCUGGAUUUGCCCAUUCGAGUUUGCAUUUCUGCCUUACAAACAAGACGCACUCUUCAUCUUCGACAACAUUGUCAAUGGCUUCUUUGCCAUUGACAUUAUUCUCACCUUCUUUGUUGCAUAUCUAGACAGCCACUCUUAUCUUCUUGUUGAUGAUCCCAAGAAAAUUGCAGUCAGGUACAUAUCUACCUGGUUUAUCUUCGAUGUCUGUUCCACCGCUCCGUUUCAGCCAAUCAGCCUUCUGUUCACAAAUCAUAGCGGCGAACUUGGGUUUAAACUACUCAACAUGCUCAGACUCUGGCGUCUCAGACGAGUCAGCUCCCUAUUUGCAAGGCUUGAAAAGGACAUUCGAUUCAAUUAUUUCUGGACUAGGUGCAUAAAGCUCAUUUCUGUGACCCUAUUUACUGUACACCUUGCUGGCUGCAUAAACUAUCUUAUUGCAGCGAGAUACCCUGAUCCAGGUAGAACCUGGAUUGGGGAAAAAAACCGAGAUUUCAAAGAAGAUGGUCUUUGGGAAAGAUAUGUAACUUCAAUAUACUGGUCUAUAACGACAUUGACAACUACUGGGUACGGGGACUUUCAUGCGGGAAACCCCAGGGAGAUGCUGUUCGAUAUCUUCUACAUGCUCUUCAACUUGGGAUUGACGGCUUACCUCAUUGGAAACAUGACAAACCUCGUUGUUCAUUGGACAUGCCGCACUCGAUGUUUCAGAGAUAGAGUGAGAGCUGCCUCAGAAUUUGCAGCACGAAACCAGUUGCCCCCCGGCAUACAGGAUCAGAUGCUGUCACACAUAUGUCUCAAGUUCAAAACAGAAGGAUUGAAUCAACAAGGGACCCUAAAUGGUCUACCAAAAGCUAUUCGCUCAAGCAUCGCAGACUUUCUCUUCUUCCCCAUUGUCCAGAAAGUCCAUCUCUUCCAAGGGGCUUCUCGUGACUUCCUUUUCCAAUUGGUUUCAGAAAUGGAGGCCGAGUAUUUUCCACCCAAGGAAGAUGUAAUUCUGCAGAAUGAAGCUCCAACAGAUCUUUAUAUUCUGGUCUCAGGCGUGGUGCAUUUCCUGUGCCGUACCGAUGGGCGCGACAGAGUUCUUGGAAAGGCAAUUGCAGGAGAUUCGUUCGGAGAGUCUGGAGUCUUAUUGAAUAGGCCGCAGCCUUUCACGGUUCGGACGACUGAGAUUUGUCAAAUACUGCGACUCAACAGAACUUCACUGAUCAAUGUCAUGCAAGCAAAUUCCAAGGAUAGGCACAUCAUUAUGAACAAUCUUUUCCAGAAAAUGAAGGGUCGAGAUACCUUGGGCUUUGAAAACGCACAUAAAGAUCCAGAACUGAUCCCCAGAGAAUGGCUUGAUGGAGAACCUAUUGGAGGAAGCUUGUCACCUGCAGGAUGUCAAGAUAAGUACUCACACGAUUAUUCAUCAAUGCAGGAAGCAAGGGAUGUUUAUAGCACAGGAUCAGAGACUAUAGAGCAGAGUGAAACUGGCAAAUGUCAAGUCUUUAAGAGAUCCACAAUGGAUGUAAAUUUGAUGGCUGAGGAUGGCCAAACAGCUCUUCAUGCUGCAGUUCGCAGGGGGCAUCUUGAGAUGGUCAAACUUCUACUGGAAGGAGGUGCUAAUGUAAACAAACAAGAUGCAAGAGGAUGGACACCAAAAGCUCUAGCCGAAGAGCAAGGAAACAAGAGCAUAUUUGACCUUUUACUAAGUUAUGACAAUAGAAGGAAACCAGAUGAGCACAGAAUAGAUUUAAUUGGGCCUGAAUCGGCUGACAACAGCAUGUAUAGUCAAAGCAAACACAGUAAGCAAACUGGUCCUCAAUCUGUCGACUCCCACUUAAGAAAAGAACCCACCAACUCCUGCUCAUGCAGAUAUAGUUUUCCCAUUGACACAGAAGUCAUGACUAAAGUAAUGAAGAAGAGAAUCACCAUCCAUAUGGGGCUUCAACUUGAUGGUACAUUACAGAGGCAACUUGGAAAGCUAAUAAUCUUACCUGAUUCGAUAGAGGAUCUGCUCAAAAUAGCAGGUGAGAAGUUUGGAGUACACAAACCUGCAAAAGUCAUUAACGUGGAGAAUGCAGAAAUAGAUGACAUAAAUGUCAUUCGAGAUGGUGAUCAUCUGUUUCUACUUCAUAACGAGAUUAAUGGAGAAAUAUUGGAUUGCUAAGUGACCUAAUCAUGGUUACUCAAAGCUAGGCAAUGUAGUAUCUUUUUUGCGUCUGUAGUGUUACUUCUUGUAAUUUUACACAGUGGCAAGUAGGCAGUUAUUGGAAUAGGCAGUUACUGGAAUAUAAAAGAAAUGUAAGCAGAGAAAGAGAAUCAUCGAUUGGCAUUGUAAAAGAAAAUUCCGGAGGCACUACUACAACAAAUUAGCAUUUUUUCGCGAGUGAUUUUGUCGCAAUUA